AUGUCUCGUUCUUUGACUUCUCCUUCUUACUCUCCCAUCCCUCCCUCUCCCUUAUUUGCACGAGCUGCUGCCACACACCGCUUAGAGGCUGGCAGCGAGAUCCUCUGGGCAGAACUGCCGUCCCCUGCAGAAUCCCAUAAUCGUCGACUAUCGGAGGAUUCAUCCCGCCUAGCGCAUAUCACAGGUCAAUGUGGUCUUCGGAAGGCUGUUACAAACAUUGUUAUGGAUCGUCUGGAGAAGGGUGGAGUGGAUACCCAGAAGAUAGACCCCAUUUUGCUGAACCAUUGUCUACCGAAUGAUUCCGACAGUAUCUCUUGGGAGACAAUCAUACAUACACCGAUUCGAGUUCCAGACCACAUUUUAUCAGAAGCCCUCAACCUGCGAAUUGCUACAAACAGAGAGCUCCCUGGGAAGGAAGACCGAUCAGUCAUCUUAUAUGUGAGGUCCUUUCAAUUGACUGUGAAGCAGCUGCUGGAUGUUAUUGCGCAGUUUAAUGAUGCUGGGCUUGAGAAUGCCACCACCGCAGCUUGGUUAGACUGUAUUGAGUUCUUGAAACCAGAUGAAAGCGUUUAUAUCCGAUAUGUGGGAAGAACGGAAAGAUCUGCUCUUUUACGUCACAGACAUGAUCUCACUUUCCAUUCAAUCAAAUUUGCGUUUAUAUCAAAAUUCCUUCAUGCUCUGGGGAGGACCCAUCCAUUGGUUAUUGACGCGGUGAUGAUAUAUGAGCUUCCAGGAGCGCCAUUGCGACAACUUAGCGAGGGAAAGGAGCAAGCCCUCAUUGCACUCCUCGAUCUAUCAUCUCUGGUAAACCAAAGAAUCUGUGAAGCCCUUCAGUGGGAAUUCACACCAGUUGAGUCUCAUCGAAGAGCCUUUAUCGACCUGGGAACCAAUUCCUUUUCUUACCUAAGCUCCUUGGACUUCCAACUCAUGGAAGAUUAUGAGCCGAUUUCUACCUGGGCGAUGAACAUCCAAGAGUAUACCAGAACCCACAAGCUUUGCGUCUGUCGUUCUGGCAGACAGGUAUUGGAGUUCCCAGACGCGCUUCGUACUGCCAUUAUUCGACAAGCCCGACCCUCGCUCUUCCGUGGAAAAUUUGUUUUAUUCUUGACUCUCGGUGCUGAGAUGAGUCUCGAGGCAUGGAGAAAUACCCAAGGCUUCUACUCUGGAACAAGCGACUCCGCUAUGCUCAUGAAGAACUACCUGAAAAGGCUUUGGGGCUGGGAGAAAGGCGAGCCACUUUCUGACCGGCACCUGGACAUGUUAAUCGCAGCGGGAACACUUCCUUUUAUUAAUCUUUCUCCGUGGCUGAAAGCCGAGGGAAAAGAUUUCCAAGAGGCGAUAAGAUUUGCAAAGGCCUAUAUACUAUUGGUCAAACCUAUGAUCAUUCUCACGCUGGGGGUCAAGCCUUCUUCGAGUGCGGCCUCCGCUUUUAAUCACUCAUUCGGCUACCCUGCGUCUCAGACGUUUGAGGCAAAGGUUGGGCAGUUAGAAGUGAUUGACUGCGAUGGAGUCUGUUUUAUUCAACUUCCUUGUUAUCAUCCAGGCAAAGCAAGAUUCUGUCGUAACCCUGAGACUUUUAGCAAGGUAUUUGAUAUGACUCUUUGGGUUCUUCUGUCCACUAUCAAGAUUUGUCUCGAUUCAGCAAAGACCUUUGAAGCUCAACCGCGCGAAACCUGGUGUCAGCAUAUUAAGACAACCGUCGGGAAUAGUCUUGAGCGAAAAGGCUUCUAUAGGUCAUUCAAAUUAUUGAAGGAUAAGCUUCGGUCUGAAGGACCGAAGCCGCCAUCUAAUCUUGCGGCACGAGCGCGAGCAAAUUUAGGGAUCGCGGCAAGAGCAGUCACCGAUCGAUUCCUUUUUAUCGGAUUCGCGCUAGGACCGCCGCUGUCACUCCAACGAAGGCAGCAAGUUCGUACUUUAUGGGAUUCAAAUAUUCCGGAGCUGCAUGAACACAUCCCGCGCAGUGAUAGAAAUUCGUGGUGGGCGUGGGCUUGUGGGCUGCACGAAGGGACUUCGUUUUUUGCUGAUGCUUCUGUGGGUACUGCCACAAAGCUCAUAAAGGCUGCGCAAGGGCCAGAUGUUUUCCUCCAGCCACAGAUCUCCAGGAAGCGGCAAGAUCGUUCACAUAAGUCUUCUCACUUAUCUGUAUCAGUUCGGCAAAAGAAGACCUCUGAAGUAUUGAUGCCUUGGAAUGGUCCUCUUUUGGAAAUGUCAACUCGGACUACGUCCAAAGAAGCCGUGACCCUACUAACGGCGACUCUAUGUGACAAUAUGCGGCCAUCACAAGUUGCAGAAGGGCAUAAAAUGGCACAAGGAAGAAUUGUUCCCCAGUUUUUGCGCAGUUGGAAUGGAAGCGAAGUCUAUGCCUGGAGGAACGGUGGCUUUGCCAUCUAUUGGAAAAAUAGUCAGGGGCACGACAUCACAUUCACCCUACGUUUGCCACUGUCAAAUUUCAACCCUAGCCCUGCAGUGCGAAAAUUUGUCUUUUUGUGA